GCUGAUUGGAGGGCAGGUGAGGGGAGGUAUUGGCUUUCCCCCUGUACCCGGAAGUCACUGUCAGUCGCUGAGCUGCUCUCGGGCUGUUGGUGUAAAGGAGAAAGGAUGGUGACAGAGGGAGAGCCGGGAAGCCUGGUAAAGGUGGUCUAUCUUCUAGUGCUUUCGGCAUCAUGGGGUAUGCAGUUCUGGACAACUUUUGUAGCAGGGUUUGUGUUGAUCAGAGGGGUGACCCGGCACACAUUUGGGCUGGUACAGAGUAAGCUGUUCCCAUUUUAUAACCACAUGGUCAUGGGGUUUUCCUUUCUGAAUCUGUGUGUGUACGCCAUGUACCAUCCCCGGGAACUGCUGUCACCCAGCGAGAGUGUUCAGAUCGCCCUCUUCUUCAUAUCACUGAUCGUGUCGGCACUACACGCCCGCUGGUUUUCACCCUCCACCUCCAAGAUCAUGUUCAAGAUGCAUGCCAUUGAGCGGGAGCACGGCCUGGGUCAGGGGAUAGGGUUGAGCGCCAAUAGAGAAGGCUACAAGCUCCUGCAGGAGAAGGAUCCCAAAUACCAGGCCCUGCGGAAAUCUUUCCUGCGCUACCAUGGCAUUUCCUCUCUCUGUAAUCUGGUGUGCUUAUUGUGUAAUGGAGCCAAUCUUGUGUUCACUGCCCUCCUGAUGCCCACUUUGUAGGGCAUCCCUGGAGGGGUGUCUGCAUUUUACAGGAAAGGGUCAUUCCACUCAUGACAAAUAUUUUCUUUAUGGGUAGAUGAUGCUGGUUGGAUCACACAUGGAUAAAAUGAGGACGAGUUAGUACCUCUGUCAAUUUUU